CCCGGGCGGCGGGCGGACCGGUGCUGACCCCCCCAGGAGACGAGCGGGGUGCCUGGGGUCGCGAUGGUUUGUGGGUGAUACGUGUUCAAGUGCCUCAAGUUUGUCCUACGAGAUGUGUUCCACAAAUCCAGCAAAUUGGGUCACCUUCGAUGAUGAGCCACUCUUCCAGUCACCUCAGAAACUGGUUGAUAAUCAGAGUAGUUGUAAAGCAAAUGGCCUUAAGCUCAAUCUCUCUAGUGUGCAUGAUUCUUCAAGUAGGUCAUCUUCUACAGGUAGCACUCCACUCUCAUCUCCUGUAGUUGACUUCUACCUAAGUCCUGGACCACCCAGUAACUCUCCACUUACUACACCUACCAGAGACUACCCAGUAAGUCCAUGCAUCCCAAAGCCUGGGAUUCACCUCCUUUAUUCCAUCCCUGAAUGGCCGUCAAACAUUAACCUGCUUCCAUCACCCGGGACUUGCUCAUCCCUAACCUCGCAGAAGCCCAGCAGCCUUUCUUUGAACACCUUGCCUAAUGACCGUCCAGUUAAGACUUUGGUGUCCAAAUCAACAGACGAAGGAAGCCCUAAUCUGUCAGGAAGCUGCGAGGAGUCAAGAGAGUUGUCAUCAGUACUGGGGCACUUCCCGUACUUCAAGAAUGACUGUGCUUUUUCUAGUCCCUUUUGGACAGAAGGAUGCUCGCUCGGCACAUCACCAGCUAAUGUUGGCACACACAGGAAGGACAAAGUGCUUGACAAGAGCAUCUGUCAUCCUAAAGACAAAGAGACUUGCCACGAUCAGAAAAGCCUGAACCAGGACUCCUUCAGCUACAUCUGUGAGAGGCUUGAACAUCUGCAAGCUGAUGGCUGUGAUGCCACAGGAAGCCCACCUAUCUCCAGUGCUCAUGCGUGGCACAACCUCUCCUCUGCCAUCCCACGCAGCCUCUUCAGGAGCCAGAAAGCAGAUGGGUGGCUGUUCAUGCUGAGGAUUCCUGAAAAGAAGAACAUGAUGUCUUCUCGGCAAUGGGGCCCUAUUUACCUUAGCGUUCUAGCUGGAGGUGUGCUGCAGAUGUAUUAUGAAAAGGGCCUGGAGAAACCUUUCAAGGAAUUCCAGCUGCAGCCACACUGUAGACUGUCUGAACCCAAAUUAGAGAGCUAUAAUGUCUCAGGAAAAAUCCAUACCGUGAAGAUUGAGUGUGUUUCUUACACAGAGAAAAGGAGGUAUCAUCCCAAAGUAGAAGUGGUCCAUGAGCCAGAGGUUGAGCAGAUGUUAAAGCUGGGCACCACAGAUUAUAAUGACUUCACUGAUUUCCUUGUAACAGUCGAGGAAGAGCUUAUGAAGCUUCCUACCAUUUCUAGACAAAAGAGGAAUUAUGAAGAGCAAGAAAUUACUCUAGAAAUAGUGGAUAACUUUUGGGGGAAAGUCACUAGGGCAGAAGGAAGACUGGUAGAAAGUGCCGUCAUCACACAUGUUUACUGCUUGUGUUUUGUGAAUGGAAGUGCUGACUGCUUUCUCACCCUGAAUGACCUGGAGCUCCAGAGGAGGGAUGAGCGUUACUUUGAGAAGGAGGAGGAGAAGAAAUGGAUUGAUAUUCUUGAUUGCCAUUUCCAUAACUGUGUCAAAGUGCAGGAAUUUGAGCAAUCACGAAUUAUUAAGUUUACUCCCCCGGAUGCAUAUAGGCUGGAACUGAUGCGGUUCAGGACACGGUAUCAUGGGCAAGAGGUGCCCUUUUCUGUGAAGGCUGCGGUAGUAGUUCAGGGGGCAUACGUUGAACUUCAGGCUUUUAUAGUCAUGUCUUCAACUGCUCUGAUCCCAGCCCGUUUGCCUUCUCUGAAAUACUGUGAAAACGUUAUGAUACGCUUUCCCGUUCCCACGCAGUGGGUGAAAACGCUUUGGACUAUGAACCUCCAAAGGCAGAAGUCCCUAAAAGCAAAAAUGAAUAGGAGAGCAUGCUUUGGCUCUUUACACGAGGUUGAAUCUGAUUCUCUAAUACAAGUCUCAAUUGGAACAGCAAAAUACGAGAGUGCCUACAGGGCUGUUGUGUGGAAGAUUGACAGGCUUCCAGAUAAAAACUCAAGUUCUGAUCAUCCACACAGCCUGUCUUACAAACUGGAACUUGGAUCAGACCAGGAAAUCCCAUCUGACUGGUAUCCAUUUGCUACCGUCCAGUUUGUUGUUCAUGAUACCUGUGCCUCAGGAACAAAAGUCAAGUCACUGGGCAUAGAGAGUGAUCUGCAGCCCCAGAAGCACAUGGUUCAGAAAGCUUUUUACAAUUACCAGGUUGAAAUUGAAAAGAAGUGGAUUAGGCUUGAUGGAGAGGAUCCAGAUAAGGCUGGCAACUGCCUAAUGCAGUAAAAGAGGACAGGAGGCAUCGUCAUGGGAUAUUAGUGGGAAUCAAUUUACAUAGCAAAUUCUAUUUUUAGGAGGAGAGCAGUGACCUAGUUUAGGAUAAACAUGGUCUUUUUUUUUUUUUUUUUUAGUGCUUUUAGUUUUGAUUCUGCAGAUCAGUACUGGUUUGACUGGCCUGUGUUCAAGUAAACUUCCUGUCACAGGAAUACUGGUAAGAAUAGGGUUUCCUUGUAAAGAGUUGCAGGAUGUGAGCACUUAAUUGACUGAUUGUAAUACAUUAUUUUCCUGUUGCGUAUCUAUGACUUGGGAAUGAUCUCAUACUCCAUACUGAAACCUAAUGGCACUACUCAAAGAGUUCGUGUCACUUGGACAUAUAAUAUUCAGCAAUAAAAGCUGCCAGAGCACUUAUGGGCAGACCAGCAUCUGUGUAAGGUCCUGCAGGAGACCUUUACAUGUUUUAUCAUGUUUUUUAGUGGUAUUUGAAAAUCUAAGUCCCCCAUGUUUCUGCACUCCUUGAUAUACACAAACAGAUCAGGUUGUAAUAUUAAACUCAAUAAGAAUCUCAAUUAGUGAGUUGGAAACUGGUUGAUUUAAUUGGUAAAAUGGGAAUUUUUUUUUUUUUUUCAUUUUUCUGUGGCUGCAAGCAUUUCCUCCCCAGCACUUUAUAGGUUCACUCAAAGUAAUCUCUUGGGUAAAAAAACAUAUGGCAGAUGUGAUUGAAAUUUCUGUGCCAGCAUUAGACAAAUGUUUUUCACUGCUGCAGCAAGUGAGACAAGGGGCUCAUCCUCAGCAAGCAUAAAUCAGUCCAGGCGCAUUUCAUUUAAUGAAGCUUUGAGAAUUUACACCAGCCAAGGGUUUUCUCCACAAACUGAAGAAAUGGCUGGUUGCUACCGUUUGCUCUGAGUCUCCUUUAAGAUGCAAGUUCCAGAUGUUGGUUUGAAACUGCAGGAGCUAUUGCUUUGAAUAACUGUAAAGAUGGUCUUUCCAUGCAUGGGAAAGGAGAUAUUUUCAUGCUACUGGCUCUAAAAGUGUUUUCUGUGGGGAAACAAUGCAGGAAUGGACUAUCACAAGAGAAGUGAAGCUGUGACACUUCAGCAGACAGCUUGAGCUACUAACCCUGUACAAGUGUGUUAACUGUGUUUUGAAAAGUUACUGGCAUUUAGGGAAAGGUUCUGCUGAUUCCCCUCAGUCAUUAUCCCCUUUGUCCUUUUCUGCAGGCUGCAAUUUCAGGUCUGAAAAAAUCUGAUAAAUUAAAAAAAAAAUGCUCGUGAUACUUUUUAAUUUUAUUUUUUUUUCUGCAGUUUUCCUAAGAUUAUCCUGAAUUCAAACUGAAAUUAGUGGAGAACAAAAAUACAGUAAUGCACUAAGUUUAUAUUUUGUCACAGCUUGUAACUGUUUAUAUGAACACUGUGUAAAAAUACAGAUAAAUGUUAUUCCCCAAAAGUAGAAAUAUGUGGGAUAUGCACUGAGAAAAUCACCAGUCUGAGGAAACAGAAGGCCAUAAAAUGAACCUAGUUCAUCACAAUAAACUUUUCCCCCCAUUUGGAAGCUGAGAAUGAAAUGGGUAAUAGAUUAUAUACUAAGUCCUUAGGGCAGGUUUUUUUAUGGGUACUGCAUUGCCAAAGCCCCAAAUAGUUUAUUAUAGUGUUUUGGCUUCUCUGUAUAUCCCUUUUUAUUAGUGGAUUAUAUUAUCAUCAAUCUAAGCAAGCGUUUGAGCGUAGCAGUGAUCCAGAUACAUCUUAGCUGUUGCAUUCUCCAUCCAUGUUUUGACUUGUGAAGCCAUGAGCACCUUCAAGUUAUGUUUGGUUUAUUUUAUUCAUAUUCAAAUUUGGUUUAUGUACUUCUCAGCUGAACCACGGGGCGCAGUGUACACUAUGGCAAAAUGUUUAUACCUGGCAUCUUGUCAAAGCUCUGUAGUUUGCUGAAGUCCGUGGGCAGAGAGCUAUGUAUCUGUGAAUCAUUUUGCUCGAUAAAGGUUGUGAAAGAUGUGUUGCAGAUUCCUGCACUAACCUUUGUCUGAAGGUGAUUUGUUUAGACUGACAUCAACUCCAUAAAUCUGUUAGCAGCGGUUGUUGUCCAAAGCCUGUCUUGCCUGACCCUGCUUUUCUGUUUUUAAGAAGGAGGGACAGCCAGGCUGUUCUGGGACUCUUUGUCCGGGGCAUUCAGUACCUGGUGGUGUUAGGGGUCCUGCAGAAGCAAGGGCUGCUUUUCUUCUGUCAGGCAUCUGCUGUGUCUUGGGAUGUGUUCAAGAAGCCCAUGUAGUGCUGAAGUGUUUUAUCCUGACCCUUCAAGAGAUGAGAUACUGUUUUGAAUGGCCUAAGUGAUGAACAGCCACAUUACAAGUCUUCUUUCCUGCUAGUGAAUCUGUAUUAUAUCUGGUACGGUGCAAAUGAUCAUUCAGCCUUACUGAACUCAUUAAUGUAAAAAGGUCAAGCUACAGCUUUAUCUGUGUUGCAGACUCUUGGAUUUCCAUCUGAGGCCUGCAAGACUCGCCAUUAACUUUAAUCGGAAUUGGAUUAGGAUCACAGGGAAUUCAUUCCACAGAAAUAUUGCCACACUGACAGAAAGUUACUCUGUUUAAUGCAUGUCUUUCAGUUUAAACCUGACAAUUAGUGCAGCCUAAGGCUGAAUAAUUACCCUGUUCAGUCUCAAGAUUAUGUUUGUAUGCAUUGCUCUCAGAACAUUUAAAAAUAGGCUGCAGUUUAAUGAAAGAUUGUAUGAUGUUUUUCCCCCACCAAAUUUUAACUUCCUAUUCUACUGCAAUGUGCUAAAGCAGAAACAUCCUGCCUUUCCCUUUCUAAUAUUUCUUCUGCAUUCUCUGAUGUCCUUUGGGUACAACCUACUGAACAAAUACUCUCAAUUUUCUGUGAAGGCUACAGCAGGUGAUAGUGAGUAAGCAUACUGGCUUUGAUUCUUUAGAAAUCAGGGCUGUAAGCAGCCUAACUGUAGUAGGGGAGGGGAAUGGAGAUGACAAACGGUUGCUAUAAGCUGUCGUGAUGCUCAGUGUGCAGCUAGCAGAAGGACUAGUGCUUUAAAUAACCCAUGAGGUGUAUUGGCAUUGUGUGAGAAACCAGGUUUCACACAUAUCUGAUCUCUCUUUGCCCACAGCUAGUGCCUGCAGUCCCUGAAAUGCUUCCAGCUGCUUGGGUCACUUAAGCUGUUGAUGCUUUGCUAACAUUUAUUACAGGGUAGUAUUUAGAUAUUAUCCAUGUUUCCUUCACAAAGGACCAGCAGGUUUUGGGAUAUUUUAUAUUUUAAACAGAAGUCAAUGAGAACAGCUAAUUUCUUAGUGUGUUUGCCUUAUUUACAAAGUGUCAUAUUUGCUGAAACUGACAAACUGAGUUCAUCUUUCUCAUACUAAUUAUAUUACUAUAGGUAAAUGGUACUUGAUGUAAUUUAUAUUCAAACACCCAUUGAAGUAAAUGGAAGUCUUUUAACUGACAAAAUAGAAUCUGUAUCAAAGUCUCUAAGAAUAAAGGAGAAGCAAAAAAAGAGAAGGAAUUGUGGUAAUGGGCAGGAAAAAAACCUCUGUGGAAGAUUCUUGAUGCUAAUAAGUAAGCAGCCUGCAGUGCUUGCUUAUUCCAACCAGAGAAGAGCACAAAAUAGAGGAAAAGUUUUUGAGUGUCAAAGCUGAAGCUUUGCAGUGAUUGGGAACAAUGGGUCUGGCUGCCCUUGUGUAGCAUCUCUAGAAAAAUGAGGAUGAUGGUGCACUUCAUUGAAGGUGACUCGCACACCACUGACAUCCUUUGUGCUCACUUUUUUUUCCAGAUUCCAUAUUAAUCUUCCAAAAGUACUCUACAUCUAAAAACAUGUUUCCAUGUGUUGCUUUUAGUUGCAUUUAUUUUGCUUGAUGAACUUCUUAGCUGCAGGAUUGGUGCCCACACCUCUAUUUUACAUUUAUUUGUCUUUUUGUUGACUAAACACAGUAAUUAACUACUUCACUUAGUAGUUCUUAGCUGUAAUUUUGAUAACUCUGAAACAGUGCUGUUAUUUGUAAUGGAAAAUCUAAUUUUAUUUGGGUCUUUUGUCAGUAUAAGUAUAAACAGACCAUGCUGAUGAUCUUGUAAUAACAUUUUGAAGAUUGCAUAUUGAUUAAAAAAAUAAAGUUGUCUUUCAAAAUA